AUGUCCAAAAAACCGGGCACGAGCGGGAAGCCACCUGGUUUGCCGCAGAAGAAAGCGCGCGGAGCAGGAGCGACUCUGGGCUACCACGAAGACCGCCAGUUCCUACGUUCAGUGGCGCGUAACAUCUCUACCGACGUCAAUGGCAGGACCGCUUCGCAUGCGUUCAAUCUCCGCGUCCCGCAAGUCAGCCUCGGCAUUCUCGAGCGAACGGCGAAAGCAACGGCUUCCCAUGCAGCACCUGCACCCGAGGCGCUGAACAACCAGGAGAACGAUGAACGCGUAUCACCACCUCCUCCCGUCGACGCUAAUGUGGGGGAUACAACGACGGCAGAGCUGUCGAUUAGUAAUCACCCCUUACUCGAAUGGAUUCCGAAACGGAUGCAGUAUCUCUGGGCUUUGCUGAAGCUAGACGGCCGGCCGCCCGAAGUCAUCUCUGGCGCGGUUUCCGGCUGCGUAAGACCAGGAUGCCCUCGAGGAAAGGCGGCUACGGUACUCUAUCGAUGUGUCUCUGGCUGUGCGUCUUGCGAGUGGGUCUGCAAGGGCUGUAUUCUCAAGGAGCACUCGAAUCGUCCGCUGGAUCGCGUGGAGGUUUACAUACGCGACGAGUGGGUGCCCGUUUCCCUGCGUCAGCUGGGUCUUACAGUCCAACUCGGGCACUGGGCGGGAGACGUGUGUCAUCUCAAGAGACACGUGUACGACAAGUUCGUCGUUAUCCACACCAACGGCGUACAUCAAGUACGUGUGGCAUACUGCGGUUGCACGAAGGAUAAGGUGCAUCGCCGGGAUCAGCUUUUGGCGUAUCGUUGGUAUCCAGCGACCACGCUCAAGCCGCAGACUGCCGCAACAUUCGAGCUCUUGGACGCUUUCGACGCGCACAGCGGGGCAGGCAAGGACAACGCGUACGACUAUUACAACGCGCUGGUGACAUUAACCGACGGCGCGGGAAUUUUCCAUCUCCCGGAUCGAUCUAAAGAGUUCUUUCGUAUCGCGCAUGAACGACGUCAUCUGGAGUCUCUCAAGCGCGCGGGACGAGGACACGACGCAGCGGGUGGUGUGGAGUCGACGCAGUAUGGCGAGUUGGCGGUGCUAUGCCCGGCCUGUCCUCACCAAGGAAUCAACACCGACGUCGUGGAAGCGAUGCGUCGAAUAUCGCCUGAGAUGGCUGACGCGCACGAUACAUUCAAUACCAUGAUACAACUCGCGAUGGACUGCAAUUUCCGAGCAAAGAAUCGUAUGACGCGCUCGACACCGGAGACGAGUCCGUAUCUUGGCGACGGUAUGGCAUACAUGGUCCCAGAAGAGCCAUACGCAGACUUCACGAAGGACGGCGGCUUAUACGACGCUGAGAUGAGCAAUUGCUCGCGGUUCGGCGCGACCAUCAUGGCGAACCUCAAGAACGGCAAGGGCCUCAGAACGACCGGCAUCGGAGCAGUCUUCUGCGCGCGGCAUGAGUUCUUCUGGCCGAACACUAUAGGCACUCUCAUUAAAGGAGAAAGAUACAAUACAAUGGACUUCAUCUUCGCCUCGGCACUGCGGCGCGUACGCGUCCCCAUCGUCAAGCUAUAUUACGACAUCAUCUGCCAAUACACCCGCAAUCUGAACAUCCGCAUGCUUCAAGUCCCUUCGCAGUCAUUCAUUCACGUCGGCGCUCAGAAACUUCUGCACCAGAUCAACAUCACGUUCGGCAUACCCAAAUUCCAUAACCCCGGCCAUCUCGUGAUCUGCCAGCUCUGGUUUAACCUGGCGUUCAUUCGCGGAAUCGGGAACACGGACGGGGAGGCGUCUGAGCGCGCAUGGGCUGGUCUCAACCCCGCCGCAUCCAGUCUCCGAGAGAUGGGGCCAGGCACGAUGCGCGACACGAUCGAUUUCUUCUGUGGCGUGUGGAAUUGGAAGAAGUUUAUCAACAUCGGAGCUUUUCUUGUUCGUAAGAUGGACAUCGCGUUGGCGGCGGCGAUCGAGCACUGCGAGAUGUAUACGGGUCUUUUGGGUGCUGUCCGCGCCGAGAACGCCGUGAUGGCGGAUGGCUGGAUAGAUGAGACUGUUGUGUACGAGGGCCGCGCAGUUCUGGACGAGCUCGGACGCCCGAUUGUGUCGGGCCCCAACGCGGUGAAAAACCCAUACGAGUCGCGUACGCAAAAACAGUCGCUGGAGAAGGCACGCUUGCAGAGUGCUGCUAUCGCCGAUAGGGCCGUUGAAGAAGAAAGCAACGACGGCGAUCAGCAGGCGGCCCUGACGAACUUUGUCCUGCGCGCAUUCAAAAUAGAGGUUCUGCAACGUAGAGCCGCUAAAACUAAGGAGGGUCGCACUGUCAUUCAGAAGCGGGAGCGGGUGGAACAAAGUACGGAGCUCAAACGCCAGAUUCGGCUCUUCAGGAAGGAUCAGCAGUGGCUUAUGCCGAGCAUAUAUGCGGCGAUACAGGAGCUGGAGGGUUCCGAGCCGGUUCGCGCUACGGUUGACGUCUACGGCGAGGAAGACGAGGACGAGGACGAGGGAAUCUCCGGGACGGGCGCAGCGGUUAUGUGCUUACCGUCGGAAUUGGACCGCGAUUUGGCACGAGGCGUCUUGAACGUUCUAUUGGAGGAGUUAAAGCUACGGUUCUCGGGCAUGGAGGACUGGCUCGACAUCCUUCGCCAACAGCUGCGUGUACGCGGGACGGUGAAACAGUGGAAGAUCGAGUUCUCCACCGGCCAGCGCAUGGCGACGCGCACGAUCAACAAACAGAGGGUCAUACAGGAGAACAUAGAGAUGGCACGGGACAUGUAUCGCGUGCAUCGCGAGCGCUACAAGACGCUCGUCUCGUUCUUAACGGAGGAGGAGCUCGCCCUCUAUGUCGCCGACGACUGGGAGGACCUGUUCCAGGAGUUGCGGGAUAACGAUUGCCGACCACUGAGCAAUAGCCUGCUACUCGCGAUUGACGCUGAAGAGGUGCGCCGUGUACGUCAGUUUAUCGCCGCGAGAAAGGACGGCGUGGCUUCCGGCCAGAGUUCGUACCGUAUUCCUUGGAUUUGGUACAAAGUCGCUGAGGGAACGGAACUGGAGCUGAACGAUGGUUCGUCUGCGCUCGUUUUUUGUGUGCUCAUGUACUCACGCUUCAUGGAUGACAGAUCUCCGUGUCGAGCUGGUAAAAUGUCGUGCGCGAGCGAUGCGCUGGGUGGAGGAAGUGUACCACAUCGCGUACGAGAUGCUUCGAGCGCCGGCUUUCUGUACGGCACGCUCAGCUUGGUGGAAGGCGCGAACGGCGACGCCACGACCUGA